AUGUCGCAUCGGGAUACCAGGGGAGACGGAUCAAGUCCAUUGCCCCCCAACCUCCUCGACAUCUUUAUGGACGAGUUUGAUGAUGACGUCGACAGCUAUCACCCAACCGAGGAGCAAAGUACCAAUGCCAGUGACAUGGAAGACGACGACAGCGACGCCGCCUUCGCCGAUGCGCAAGAGACCUUAAGUGGGAUCGAAAUAGUGUUUGAAACCCCCGGAGAUGGAGAUGGAGACCGAGACCGAGACCAGAUGGAAACCGAGAUUCGCGCUGGUGGUCCAGCCACUCGUCCUGCACAGGGUUUAUGUUUGUGCUCCGCCCAUGUCUCAUUCUCUGUUCAUCUUUUCCUGAUGGAUUUGGAAAUAGUGACGACCGCCGAUAUUCGAGGCUUGUUGAAUGCGAGCGCACCCCUCCGCCAGUUGAUCCUCAGUCGAUACCGCCUGCUAGGGCCCUCGGGCCGAGAUCUAUUCGGAGACGACGAUGACGAGGACGAUGACGACGACGACAUUCUCGAAGGUCCUACAUACGGCAGCUUUCAUGGUCGCCGGAGGCGGCAACAACCUAAACCACCUGGCGAUCGAUUUCCCAAGGUGCCAAGCGACAAGGGCAGGGCGCUCAUGAAUUCGGGCCUGUAUGGCAGUCGAGACGAUUUUGUGGACCUACUGCGAAAGAGGAGGCGCACAGUCAGUGAGCGUUUGAUGUGGCGGCGUCUAGGUCUGGACGGACGCUCGAGUAUGCGCAGACAGAACCGGCUGAUAGCGCAAGAAUCGGUCCCGGCAACGACGACGGCGGACAAGAUCAUCCACUAUGACAGCAGGGCAUACUCAGGCCAGUUCUCAGAUGAUGGCAAUUUCUUCUUCAGCUGUACCCAGAACUUUAAGGUGCGCAUGUAUGACACCAGCAACCCGUACGAGUGGAAGUACUACAAAACAGUCGACUACCCGUUCGGUCAAUGGACAAUCACCGAUGCCACACUCAGUCCUGACAACAAGUAUCUUGCAUACUCCUCUAUUCGCCAUACGGUCUGCCUGGCACCUACGGACCCAACCGACCAUUCUGAUCACACUCUACUGGACUUCACCAACUUCGCCCCAGGCUCGGGCAUGGGCCGCCAGACCUAUGGGUACAUGGGCAGGCAUGGCUUUGGAAUCUGGUCUCUCCGGUUUAGUGGCGACGGCCGGGAAAUCGUAGCCGGGACUUCUGACCACAGUGUUGUUGUCUACGAUCUGGAACGUCGGCAAUCGACUGUCCGGCUGUCCAACCACGACGAUGACGUGAACGCGGUCUGUUUUGGCGACAAGCUGUCUCCUCAUAUCCUCUACUCCGGCUCCGAUGACCAGACGCUGCGCGUUUGGGAUCGGCGGUCUAUGGCUGACGGCCGGCCGGCCGGCAUAUUCGUUGGCCACACCGAGGGCCUGACUUACGUGGACUCGAAAGGGGACGGGCGGUACGUGCUGUCGAACGGCAAAGACCAGAUGAUGAAACUGUGGGAUCUACGCAAGAUGAUCUCGCCCAACGAAUUCUCCCGCAUCGACCUCCACUCGUACACGACCAACUUUGACUAUCGCUUUAGCCCUUAUGAUGAGGACGACUACGUGCCCAACCCGAAGGAUUGCAGUGUCGUGACUUUCCGCGGGCACAGCGUUCUCAAGACCUUGAUCAGGUGUCAUUUUUCUCCUCCGGGAUCGAGUAAUUCACGCUACGUGUAUAGCGGGAGUGAGGACGGGAAGGUCUAUAUUUGGAACCUGGACGGCACUCGGAAAGCCACGAUUGACGUCUUGCAAGCCACCAGAGACACCCGUCCACGGACAGACAGUAACGGCUACGGAUACGAAUUGCACGGUCACCAUAGCGGAGUCUGGAAGACAUGUGUGAGAGAUGCCAGUUGGAGUCCUACCGCGCCAGUGUUGGCUGCAACCUCCUGGAAUGGCUGGGGCAUGGCAAGCGGCACAGUCUCCCUGCACAGCUGGAACGACGGCAACGAGGACGACGAGGCCCUCCCACCCAUGGCAUCCAACUACAACGCGAGCCUCGACGCGCGCGAGGACUUCGAUGCCGCCGCCCGCCGGGCCCGCGCUUCAGGUAACAUCUCAUCGCGGGCCGGCACUCGUAGUCGCGCCGAGGGCCGCGGCCUCCGUAGUAGUGUCGUCAGGCCGCAGCGCUUCGGUGCUGAUACCGGCGGUGACGCGAGCGAGGAUGGCGGUGGCAUAUGGUGA